AAACUGAACCAAAGGAUUUCUAUGGCCAUGAAGCUUUUGAGCAGAGAUACGCGGCUGGUCUGUGAGCUUGCGCUUUGUCCCCUGGCUUUAGUUUUCUGGAGCAUUCUUGGGGUCAGAGCAUUGGACAAUGGCUUGGCGCGGACUCCUACUAUGGGCUGGCUGCAUUGGGAACGUUUCAUGUGCAACCUUGACUGCCAAGAAGAGCCUGAUGCCUGCAUAAGUGAGCAACUGUUCAUGCAGAUGGCAGAGCUCAUGGUCUCUGAUGGCUGGCGGGAUGCAGGUUAUGACUAUCUCUGCAUAGAUGACUGUUGGAUGGCUCCCGAGAGGGAUUCAAAGGGCAGGCUUCAGGCAGAUCCCCAACGCUUUCCUAGUGGGAUCAAACACCUCGCAAAUUACGUCCACAGCAAAGGAUUGAAGCUAGGGAUUUAUGCAGAUGUUGGGAAUAAAACCUGUGCAGGUUUCCCCGGGAGUUUUGGAUCCUAUGACAUUGAUGCGCAGACAUUUGCUGACUGGGGCGUAGAUCUGCUAAAAUUUGAUGGUUGUCACUGUGACAGUGUAGUAUCCUUGGAGAAUGGUUAUAAGUACAUGGCCUUGGCCUUGAACAGGACAGGCCGAAGCAUUGUAUACUCCUGUGAGUGGCCACUUUAUUUGAGACCCUUUCAUAAGCCCAAUUAUACAGAUAUCCAAUAUUACUGCAAUCAUUGGAGAAAUUUUGAUGAUGUUUAUGAUUCCUGGGAAAGCAUAAAGAAUAUCUUGUCUUGGACAGUGGUUUACCAGAAGGAGAUUGUUGAAGUCGCUGGACCAGGCAGCUGGAAUGACCCAGACAUGUUAGUGAUCGGCAACUUUGGCCUCAGUUGGGACCAGCAGGUGACACAGAUGGCCCUCUGGGCUAUCAUGGCCGCUCCCCUACUCAUGUCCAACGAUCUGCGACAAAUCAGCUCUCAAGCCAAAGCUCUGCUUCAGAAUAAGGAUGUAAUUGCCAUCAACCAAGACCCCUUGGGCAAGCAGGGCUACUGUUUCAGAAAGGAAAACCACAUUGAGGUUUGGGAACGGCCACUCUCCAACCUAGCCUGGGCUGUGGCUGUGAGAAACCUGCAGGAGAUUGGUGGACCUUGUCCUUAUACCAUCCAGAUUUCUUCCCUGGGUAGAGGACUAGCCUGCAAUCCUGGCUGCAUCAUUACUCAGCUUCUCCCCGAGAAAGUACACCUAGGCUUCUAUGAAUGGACUUUGACCUUAAAAACUCGAGUAAACCCCUCAGGCACUGUUUUGUUUCGGUUAGAAAGAUAAACUACUAUAUAGGCAGAGUUCUAUGUCCCGUUUUACUACAAACCAAACUAUUUCCUGCCCCUCCCUCUAAAAAUAAAGUAUCCCAAAGGCAUUGCCCUUAAAAGCUGCUUUUCAACAUAGGCUUUUGAAAUUAAGUGGGUACUCCUGUGCAAUAUUCCGAGGUGGACUGGGAGGAGGGUAAAAGUGUGGAAUGUAUUGAAAACAGAUUUCAAAAAAAAAGUCUCUACUUCGGGUUUUCUUAUAACUUGUAACCGGUAGGCUGUAGCAGAUGCUUCCGUACACUGGUUGAUUUUAACCUUCACAACCCUGAAGCAGCUGUUUAUCCACUAUAAUCUUUACAGCCAAGUCAAAAGCAACAAAAAACCCUUUAGAUGUAUGUGGUUCAAGAGUUUUGCCUGUAUGUAUGAGGUCCACAUACAUACCGGGUGCCCAGGAAGCCAGAAGAACAAGUGCUUUUUUUUCCCCAAGACAGGGUUUCUCCAUAUAGCCCUGGCUGUCCUGGAACUCACUCUGUAGACCAGGAUGGCCUUGAAUUUAGAAAUCCGCCUGCCUCAGCCUCCAAAGUGCUGGGAUUAAAGGCCUGCGCCACCACCGCCCAGCCUUUUUUGUUGUUUUGACAAGUGCCCUUAAUCACUGAGCCAGCAAGCUCUAGCACCCAGAACCAGGAUUUAAAGCUAAACCAGCCAGACACAAAUAACUAUAUGGAGGCACUGCUUAGUCUAGUGCAAAGGAAAAAAUGAAAAUCUGCUUCCUCCAGGUGACAGACUGGAUGUGGUAGCAUGUCCUUAAUCCCAGUACUAGGGAGGCAAUGGCAAGUAUAAUUCAAGGCCAGCCUGGACUACAAAGUGCAAGCCUGGCUGGAAACAAACUCAUAUGCCCAGGUUAUCCCCUAGAGCUAAGAAAUGCAGAUAGGAUUACCUGUAUUUACCAAUGGUGAUUGGCUACAUGAUGUCCUAAGAGCAAUUGAUGAACUGUCCUGGUGACAAACUGGGGGAUUCGGGAGGAAAAAGGUUUGGAAGGAUGCUCAGGUGUUAUUUUACACAAAGCCAGUAUGAUGGUGUUCCAUGCCUCCAAUUCCAGCACUUGGUGAGGAUAAGGCCAGAGAAACCCAGGGGAGGAACUAGGGACACUUCCAACAAUCUAAAACAAGGGAUGUAUAUUGAAGCAUGCUCCCCAGACUCCCUUAAUGCCUGAAGUGCCCAGCAGUGGUAGCACACGCCUUUAAUCCUAGCACUUAGGAGGCAGAGGCAGCCGGAUGAGUUCUGAAUUCGAGGCCAGCCUGGUCUACAGAGUUCCAGGACAGCCAGGGCUAUACAGAGAAACCCUGUCUCAGGGGAAAAAAAUGAGGGCCUGGAGAAAUGAUUCAGCGGUUAAGAGGAUUGACUGCUCUUCCAAAGGUCAUGAGUUCAAAUCCCAGCAACCACAUGGUGGCUCACAAUAAUCUGCAAUGAGAUCUGAUGCCCUCUUCUGGUUCUCUAGACAGCAACAUUAUACUUGCAUAAUAAUCUUUUAAAAAAAAAGAAAAUGCCUGAAGCAAAACAUAUUUAAAGCUUAUUACUGGCCUCAAAUCCCUUGAAAUACAAGUCUCUACCUCAGGGGGUGGGGGCAUCUUCUGGGGAGGUGGGGGAUGUGCAAUAUUCCAAGGUGGACUGGGAAGGGGAUAAAAAUCUGGAAUGUAUUGAAAAUAAAAAAUUUCAAAUAAAA